AUGAAAGGAGAACCUAAGCGGCAGGCCUCACUCACGGUGGCAGGCAGCUCCACGCAUCACAGGGUUUCUCUCCUCCCUCCUCCACCAUCCUCCACCGCCCACUCAACCUACCCCUCCUCCCGCCUGUUCAACCUACCCCUCCUCCCGCCUGCCCGCUCAAACUACCCCUCCUCCCGCCCGCCCUCUCAACCUACCCACCUCCCGCCUGCUCAACUACCCCUACCUCCCGCCCACCCGCUCACCUACCCCUCCUCCCGCUCAACCUACCCCUCCCACCCGCCCGCUCAACCUACCCCUCCUCCCGCCCGCUCGCUCAACCUACCUCUCCUCCCGCCCGCUCAAUCCUACCCUCCUCCCACCCGCCCGCUCAACUUACCCCUCCUCCCGCCCGCUCAACCUACCCCUCCUCCCGCUCGCUCAACCUACCCCUCCUCCCGCCCGCUCAACCUACCCCUCCUCCCAUCCGCCCGCACAACUUACCCCUCCUCCCGCCCGUUCAACCUACCCCUCCUCCCGCUCGCACAACCUACCCUCCUCCGGCCCACUCAACCUACCCCUCCUCCCAUCCGCCCGCUCCACCCGCCCGCUCAACCUACCCCUCAUCCCGCCCGCUCAACCUACCCCUCCUCCCGCCCCACACCUACCCCUUCUCCCGCCCACCCGCUCAACCUACCCUCUCCCAUCCGCCCCGCCUCAACUACCCCACCUCCCUCCCGCGCCGCCUCAAACCUACCCCCUCCUCCCACCCGCCCGCUCAACCUACCUCCUCCUCCCACCACCCGCCCGCUCAACCUACCCUCCUCCCGCCCGUUCAACCUACCCCUCCCCCCUCCCGCCCGCUCAACCUACCACUCCUCCCGCCCGCCUCAACCUACCCCACCUCCCGCCCCGCUCAACCUACCCCUCCUCCCCGCCCGCUCGCUCAACCUACCUCUCCUCCGCCCGCCCGCUCAACCUACCCCUCCUCCACCCGCCCGCUCACUUACCCCUCCUCCGCGCCCGCUCAACUUACCCCUCCUCCGCUCGCUCCAACCUACCCUCCUCCCGCCCGCUCAACCUACCCCUCCUCCACCCGCCCUGCUCAACCUACCCCUCCUCCCACCCGCCCGCUCAAACGAUGACCCCUCCUCCGCCCGCCCGCUCAACUACCCCUACUCCCUCCCUCCCGCCCGCUCAAACCUACCCCUCCUCCCGCCUGCCUCAAACUACCCCUCCUCCCGCCCGCUCAACCUACCCCUCCUCCCACCCGCCUGCUCAACCUACCCCUCCUCUCACCCGCCCGCUCAACCUACCCCUCCUCCCGCCCGCCCGCUCAACCUACCCCCACCUCCCUCCCGCCCGCUCAACCUACCCCUCCUCCCACCCGCCCGCUCAACCUACCCCACCUCCCGCCCGCUAAACCUACCCCUCCUCCCGCCCGCCCGCUCAACCUACCCCUCCUCCCGCCCGCUCAACCUACCCCUCCUCCCGCCCGCUCAAACUACCCCUCCUCCCGCCCGCUCAACCUACCCCUCCUCCCGCCCGCCUGCUCAACCUACCCCUCCUCCCGCCCGCCCGCUCAACCUACCCCUCCUCCCGCCCGCCCGCCUCAACCUACCCCACCUCCCUCCCGCCCGCUCAACCUACCCCUCCUCCCGCCCGCUCAACCUACCCCACCUCCCGCCCGCUCAACCUACCCCUCCUCCCGCCCGCUCAACCUACCCCUCCUCCCGCCCGCUCAACCUACCCCUCCUCCCGCCUACUCAACCUACCCCUCCUCCCGCCCGCCCGCUCAAACUACCCCUCCUCCCGCCCGCCCUCUCAAACUACCCCUCCUCUCGCCAGCUCAACCUACCUACCCAACUGUAUUUGGACAUUUUCAUCAGCCAGUAUUGUUCUCCACAUAAUAAAUCCUAA